UGAGCUGCACCCUAUGUCACACAGUCCAGGGGACAACAUUGCCGGGCACAAGUGCUGAAAUUCCCAGGAACACAAGAAAGGUCUGAGUCACCAUUAUGAGACCCUCAACCACACCAAUCCUCCCUCCAACCACAGCCAUCCAGGCUCCUGGGACCAACCAGAGCGGGGCUGUGGGACUACCAGAGCCAUCCUAUGCUGUCCUCAAGUUCAUGGAGAGCUUCUGCCUGCUGAGUGCUGCCUGUGGCAUGGUGGGGAACGGCCUGGUCCUGUGGUUCCUGGGCUUCCGCAUCCGCAGGAAUCACUUCACCGUCUACAUCCUGAACCUGGCGGCCGCCGAUUUCGGGUACCUGCUGUGCAUCGCCGUGGAGACCGUGCAGUACCUGAUGCAGUUCAACGUGGGGGUGCAGUUUGGGAUAUUCCUCUUCCUGGAUCUCUUCAUGUACGGCACGGGCCUGUACCUGUUGACGGCCAUCAGCAUUGAGCGCUGCCUGUCCGUGCUGUCCCCCAUCUGGUGCAGGACACACCGCCCAAAGCACCUGUCUGCCGUGGUGGCUGGCCUGCUCUGGGCCCUGUCCCUGCUCCUGAACACUCUGGGAUAUGUUUUGUGCACCGUUCGCCCCUCUCCCAGGGUCUGCCGGCGCCUGCUCAUCGCCAUCGGAGCCUUGGAUUUCCUCGUCUGCACUCCCCUCAUGCUGCUCUUCAGCCUCACCCUCUUCCUGCGGGUCAAGUGCAGCUCCCAGCCCUUCCAAACGGGCCGGCUCUUCAUCGUCAUCAUGCUCACCAUCCUCCUCUUCCUCAUUUUUGCCGUGCCCCUCAGUGUCCUCAUCCUCCUGGACUUCCUGGGCCACAAGUUCCUGUAUUCCCCGGAGAUUGGCUUUGUGCUGUCCUGUGUCAACAGCACCCUCAACCCCGUCAUUUACUUCCUGGUGGGAAGCUACAGGGAUCGGAAAUUCAGGCUCACCCUCAGGCUGGCAUUCCAGAGGGCUUUCCAAGACUCAGCAGAUGACAGAGAUGAGAGGGAAACCCGGGACACGGUAACCAUGUCCUCCUGAAAUCCUGCCUGGAAUGUCUUGGCAGAACUGAAGAACUCCAUGGUACUGGAGAAGGUUCAUCUCACCUGACCUUCAGUACCCUCUUUGUAGAUAUUUUAGGUUAUUAUUUUACGUCCCCAUCUGUGGCACAUAAGCAUCUGUAUUUACCUGACCUGUAUUUAGGACACGUUAAAAGUUCCUGUUUCUUUCCAGUGACUUUUAAAUAAUAUUAAUUUUAUUGAUGAAGGGCCUUGGGUGGCUGCUCCCUGCAAGACUGAGGAAUACUCCUCUUUCCAGAGGUGAUGGAAUCUAAAUGUAGCUGUGUGGACAGAUGCCUAAGGAUGGACAUCAGCCUGUGUGCAAUUCCAAACCCUGCAUGCCUUUUAAAAGACCCAUCUGAACUCCAAGGUACCAAACUAGAGCCUGAUUUCCAAUGUGUGUCCAGAUGGGAGAUUGUGAUGCCUCUCCUAGUUUAUGAAGGUGGAAAGGUUGAAAUGUCUUGGUGUCUGAAUUUCAUCAAAGAAAUCCUGCUCAGGAUAAAUCCUUGUUACUCAUAACCUCAUAAAUUCUCAGUGUUGGUUUUCACUCAGACCUCUGAAAAUGAGAUCGGUACCAACAAUCCUCCCGUUGGAAGCAGACAUAAAAUUCCUGGAAGGAGAAUCCAUCUAUCCCUCUUAAUUUAGAAUUCCCAAGUCUCAGCACACACACAGCCUUUUGUGGCUCACAGAGCCAUUCUGGGCUUCCUAAUGUGAGCAUUUCAAGGACUGAAAAGAUUCAUAUCCACCAAGACCAUUUCUUCUCUGAACCAGGGAUGUUUCCACACCACAGAACAGGAAAGGGCUCCAGCUCCUUCCAACUUGCU